CGCUUUUAAUCAAUCACUUUUAAACUUCAAAAAAAAAAAAGAAAAAAAAAAACUAUUCCAAAUUCCAAUUCCAAUUAUAUUAAAAAACAAAUAACUGCUAAAAAAUUAAUUCAACUCAAUUUUUUUUUUCUAACAAUUAUGUCUACGGAUCAUCCCACACCAUUUCCAGGUAAAUUUCAACAUGUGAAAUCAAGAUUCAAUAAAAACAUCUCUAAAGCACCAAAAAUUCAAUCCAAAGAACCAUCCAUUCCCAGGCAAAACAGAGUUUUUGGGACAGUUAAAAGCACGAAUGUUCCAACAAAGACAGUUUCAGGAAAGACAUUGUCAAAAUCAUCAUCUGGGAUUGUCCUAAAACCAUCCAAAUCACCAAAAAAGACACAAUCUUUAACUGAUUCUGCAGAAAAUCCGGCGAACGAAAGCGCCAAGAAAGCCACUAUAGAAGAAAACAGAACAAAACCAAGUAAGAAAAGUGUUUGUUUCCAAGAAAAUAAAGCUGCUGUUGCUGCUGCUGAGCCUAAAACUCCUGCGAAAUCGCCUGUUGUAGCGAAGCCUCGGCUUUCUGGUAGCAUUACACCUUUUCAUAGUGCUGAGAAAUGCAGCAAAUGUAGAUUUGAUAGGUUGGAGACAUCAAGUUAUUGGCUUUCUCAGAUCAAAUUGGCUGAAACUGUUGGAAAACAUACUGUUUCUGCUGCUUUUUUUCGACUGGCUCUUGAAUCCAAAGCUGAGCCCUAUCGAAACAUUCGAUUGGAAUUGAAAAGGUAUAUUCGUCGACACAAGCAUUUAUCGGAGAGCAAAGAAUGGAUAGAAGUUUGUUUUAGCUAUGGAUUAUUGAAGGAUGAAAGCAAUUCUAUAGACAAAAUUGGUAAUAAUAGCAAGAACAAAAGCAUUGAAUUGGAAUGUACCAUUGAAAAAGAAGAAGAAGAAGAAGAAGGAAAUGAAGUUUCAUUUUCAUUAUUGUGUUAAAUAUCUAUGUUGCUCGAUCGGCAGACUCUUCAAAAAUGUCAUGGGGUGUGUGUCGGACCUGACACGGGUGCGGCAACGUUGUUGAAGAGUUCGAGCAACUUAGUUACAUAUUAUGUGCUAUAAGUUUAGUCUUUGUGUUUGUAUAUAUUUGUAUUUAGUAUUGGUUUGUAUUUAGGUUUGAAGUGUUUCAUGAUGUUUUGUGAAAUUUUAGUAAGCUGACUGGGGAAUGUAACUAAGUAGACUAGUAGUAAUAUGUUGUGGUUUGGUGUGGAUUGUUUUUUUUUUCUAAUAUGUAAUCAGACCUCUCUAUAAUACUCGUAACAAUAUUUUACUAUAACAGUCAUGUUUCAGUGGAACC